GUUUCUAUCUUAUCGUGUUGCCAGUGUUACUGUACAUUAUAAAGUUUGAUGGUUUGUAAUUCCAUUCACGACUGUUUGUUCUUCCAGGCCCCUCGUACGAUCACAACUAGACAAAAAAUUUGUAUGCUUGUUAUGUCUAUCUAAAUAUCAUCUACAAUUAAUGGGAAAAUAUUUGUUUCGGAAAUUUUGUUAACUGCGGAUUGAGGUUUGAGCAGAAAUGAGUUGUCUCAUACGUGUCAUCUCUUGAAGGUUCGCGUCAACCCGCGACUUACGAGUUCGUCAUCAAUGCUUGGUCUUGCUGCUGGUGGGUUUUCUUCGGUCUCAACUAACGGGCGUACGGGGCUUGUAACAUUCUGUAUUCUGCUGCUGGCAUGGGUUGUUGGAUUUAUUAUACGUCUUUUCUCAGUUAUACGUUUUGAAAGUGUCAUUCAUGAGUUUGAUCCUUGGUUUAAUUACCGAGCCACCAAGCAGAUGGUCGAAAAUAGUUUCGAGAACUUUUACAAUUGGUUUGACAGCACUGCGUGGUACCCACUUGGGAGGAUUGUUGGAGGCACUGUCUAUCCUGGUUUAAUGGUUACUUCAGGUUUUAUUCACUACAUGUGUCACCUUUUGAGUUUUCCGGUUCACAUUCGUGAAGUUUGUGUUUUCCUCGCCCCUGUAUUCAGUGGCAUGACUGCUAUUGCGACUUAUUUUUUCACGAAGGAAAUAUGGAAUGAAGGAGCGGGUUUGUUUGCUGCCUGCUUCAUCGCCAUCGCUCCCGGAUAUAUAAGUCGUUCAACCGCCGGCAGUUAUGAUAAUGAGGGAAUCGCAAUUUUCGCACUAAUGUUUACGUACUACUUGUGGAUUAAAGCUGUCAAAACAGGAAAAGUUCUUUGGGCCGCGUUUUGUGCUAUUGCAUAUUUUUACAUGGUAUCUGCUUGGGGUGGUUAUGUGUUCAUUAUAAACCUCAUUCCAUUACACAUUUUUGUACUUCUAAUCAUGCAGAGAUAUAGCGCGAAACUGUACGUGGCUUACACAACCUUCUUCAUCUUGGGUUUAAUAAUGUCGAUGCAAAUACCAUUUGUUGGUUUUCAACCACUACGCACUAGUGAACAUAUGGCAUCAAUAGGAGUGUUCGCACUUCUUCAAGUUGUUGCUUUUUUCAAAUAUCUACAAACCCGUGUUCCCUCUGAUACACUGAAGCAAUUAUUUACAUUUGGUGCCAUUUUUUCUGCUGGAGUUAUAUUUGUUGUUGUAGUUGGGCUAACAUAUGCUGGUGUUAUUGCACCAUGGAGUGGCAGGUUUUAUUCUCUUUGGGAUACUGGUUAUGCUAAGAUACAUAUUCCAAUUAUAACAUCCGUUUCUGAGCAUCAACCAACUUCAUGGGCAUCUUUCUUUUUUGAUCUUCAUGUAUUAAUUGCUACAUUUCCAGCUGGUGUUAGACUUUGCUUUAACAAUUUAAAUGAUGAACGUGUUUUUGUUAUUCUCUAUGCAAUAUUUGCAUCAUAUUUUGCUGGCGUUAUGGUUCGUCUUAUGCUUACAUUAACACCAAUUGUAUGUGUGUUUUCUGCUAUUGCAUUUUCACGUGUCUUUGAAUUAUUCUUAAAUGAACAAGAUAAUGAAAUUAAUGUUGCGACAAAUCAAUCUAAUAAUGAACAGAAUUCUGUUGAUAAACGUUUGUAUGAUAAACCGAACAAGGCAAAUAAAAAGGUGAACUAUCCUAGUCAAGACACGCCAACAAGUACCACCAUUGGUAGUCAGUCAAAGCAACAAUCAUCAGGAAACAAUGGGAGUAAUAUGCGUGCAGUCGCCUACGUUUUGAUUAUAUUCAUUCUAUAUCUGUUUGUUUCACAUUGUGUUUGGGUGUCAUCCAAUGCUUAUUCAAGCCCGUCUAUUGUGUUGGCUUCAUAUGGUAAAGAUGGAUCUCGAUAUAUCCUGGAUGACUUCCGUGAGGCUUAUUUCUGGUUAUGGCAAAAUACAAAAGAAAAUGCUCGAGUUAUGUCAUGGUGGGAUUAUGGAUAUCAAAUAGCAGGAAUGGGUAACCGCACUACUCUAGUUGAUAAUAACACAUGGAAUAAUAGUCAUAUCGCAUUAGUUGGUAAAGCUAUGGCAUCAAAUGAAUCAGAAGCCUAUAAAACUAUUCAAAGUUUAGAUGUGGAUUACGUGCUGGUCAUAUUCGGUGGUUACAUUGGUUACAGUGGUGAUGAUAUUAAUAAAUUCUUAUGGAUGGUGCGUAUUGGUGGCGGUGAACAUCCUAAUGAAAUUCGUGAAAGAGACUUUCUAACUUCAACAGGUGAUUAUCGUAUAGAUAAAAGUGCUUCUGAGACGAUGCUUAAUUGUUUAAUGUAUAAAUUAAGCUAUUAUCGGUUUGGUGAAGUUCGUUUAGAUAUGCGAACACCACUUGGAUUUGAUCGUACUAGAGGAUCUGAAAUUGGUCGUAAAAAUUUUGAAUUAGAUUACUUAGAGGAAGCUUUUACAUCGAAACAUUGGCUUGUAAGAAUUUAUCGUGUACUACCUCCUGAAAAUCUACCACAUCUAUCGCGUACACGUCGUCGGAUUCACCAUCGAGCUUCAGGGAAAUCUCGUCUGAAUAACCGUGGCCGACUCAAUACACCUAGUAAAGGUUCAUCCAAACAUUUCACUUAACAUAUUUCCUGGUUAUACUACAUCUAAUUAAUUUUGUUCAAUAUUCAUUCUCCAUAUUUUGUUUUCAUUUGUGUAUAAAAACCAUGUUUGUUUUGGAUAAGAAUUUAUAGAGAAACUAUCGAGUGGUAUAUCAUUAUGCAUGUAUCGUGUAAAAAAAAGGGUCAAAAAAUGACCUGUGUUUAAUACCGAUGCAUAAACUGUGAUCUUGUUUGAUUUUGUUUGAUCGGAUUCUUCUUCCAGUCUGUUCCUUUGAGGUUUUUUCUUGAUUCUCUUGUUUCCUGUUAAUCUAUUGUAUUUUGAUGUAACUAUUAGCUUCGUCGAAUUCUUCGACAUCGCUUUCAAAUAAAUUUGUUUUGAUAUCACAGGAUUGUGUAUUUGUGGGUGUAUGUGUUUUGUAAGUAUCGAUACCAGAGUUUGAUUUGAUAAUUUCAAAUAAAUUGUGUAUUAGGUGGAUUGCUUAUAAUAAGAAUCUAUUUCAAUAGUUGAGAUCAUGAGUCAAUCGCGGCUAGAUCACCAUGGAAAACUUGGACGGCCGUUUCAUCCACGAUCCCGCCGCCUUGUGACAUUCGAACCCAGGACCUAUCAGUCUCUCGCGCGAACACUUAACCUGUAGACCACUGAGCCGACUGGCAUCCAAUGGUUUUAAUGUUUAACUUCAACCAAUCCAUCAUUGUCUUCAGUGAGUUAAUAUCUCACAACAAAUCCGGUUGUACUCCACUGGUCCCUGCUUCUCAUUAGAACUCCAGGAAAUACGUCUUGAAGUCAGUCACUAAUGAGCAUAUGUUGAUCAAUAUCAGAAGGAGUUUUUGUUGAUAUUAAAGUAAUUUUAAUAAUUGAGAUCAUGAGUCAAUUGAAUCUAUUUGUUAUGUCCAACUGAGUAUAAAAUUGAAUUUUUGACGUGUUAAUGCAAAUCGUUUCAUUAGUGAGCAAGUAAAUAAAUAACCUAGUUAAGUUCACUUAAGUUCAUAUAGUAGAGAGGAAGAGGCGAAAAUAUUUAUUAUUACAAUUAAAACAAUUCGGAUCAUGUUAAUGUCAUGUUAUUCAAAUUAAAGGUGAGACAAUGUAUGUGUGUGGAUGUGAAAAAAAUCAGCGUUUGUUGUUACAAUGAUUUUGUUUCACACUACAUGGCUGUUUAUACCUUUUAUAGACACUAAGUAAUAGGUGGAGUUUGUUUCGUUCAACGUAUUGUCGAUUAUAUAAUAUGGGCAAUAUUAAUUUACAUUAACCGUCAAGUAAUGAGUUUUUAAACUAGAAACACGAAUAACAUGUUUAGGAUUCGAUAUGACUAAAAACCGAAUAGUAGUUUACAUUCAACUGACGAGUUUCAGGAAGGACGAAGCGCGCGACGUGGAUUCCACUACUACUCCUAUCAUCCAACUUCACAUAAGAAAUGCUUGGGACUGAUAGCAAUACCUAGGCGAACCGUUCACGUAUCACAUAACAAAACAGAUUGAUAAGUUGCAAUCCUUAACGUCAACAACAUGAAAAUCCAAAGCCUUGCUACUGAAUUAUAAACGGAAAUUAUUUUCAAACAUAAAAUGAACUCAAUUGCGAAACGCUCUAUUCUCUUUCAUAGUACCAUGGGAUGUGUUAAAUUCCUUCAUUUGAAACAAGUAGGUCGAUCCAUGUAUAUCGGACUGAUUACUUGUGUUAACUUAGACUUCACACGGAAUAAUCGAGAUCGCUUUAUCUCUAACAGGAGACAUCAGAAAUAUUGUAUAAUAAGCUUGAUAGUCGAUAAUCUAAUAUUGCAUCCGAGAAAUUUCCAUUACAUCGUAUUUUCUAAUAUAGUCAAUUCGAGGUCGAUAGUGUUUGAGUUUUGAACAAGUAAAUGAUCUGAUAAUGUCAACGAAAAACCUUUAAACAACUGAGGCGAGAAUUUAUUUAAACGGCUGUAUAUAUUUACAGAAUCAAUCGAUGAUAUACGUAUAGCUGUUUUACACCGAGCGAAGUUAUUGUUGUUUCAUCUCUGAGGUGAGUGGUUUUAUUGGCCUACUUAUUUGCUAUUACAGAGUACUAUUGCGGUUAUGCUACAUACUACUUAUAUUUGCAAACAUAUGUAGCAUACUUCACACUAUCACUUUAAACUUAGCGUGUUCGUUGUGUGAACUCAUCAUCGUAUUUAAAUUAAAAUUAUUGUUAUUAUUGAACAUUAAGUUCUGAUACAUUUGUUGAAUUUGUGACUCAGUGAUAUGGUCAAUCAACUCAACUGUUUAGCAACGAGAUUUUUUAAUUGAUUGAUAAUAUGAAGGGUAAGCAAUUAGUCUCCUUGAGUUAUCACACAAUAAAUCUGUCUUAAUUUCGUUAACAGAUAUGUACAUGGUUUUAAAAUAUCUUGGCCAUUAAUUUUAAAUGUACAGAGUAUUUGUCAUUAGUCGACCUUAUUCUAUCCUAAUAUGUUAGGUAUUUCUUUUCUUUGUGACACUGUUUCCGAACUCGAACAAAACUCUCCAUUUAAAUUUGUUAUUAUGAUUCCGAAAAACAGUAAUUGAAGGUAAAACGGACUUGUAUAAAUAUGUUACAAACUGAAACGAACAUUGUAAAACUGAGUUACUUUACUCAAUAUUAUUCCAGAUCUUAUACUACUUGGUUGACAAGUUUUUUAUUAGUGAAUCAGUUUUGAAAAUAAUGUAUUAAGUAACGUCAAAAACUUCUUGUGGCGAGAAUAUAAUUUAUGGACUAGCUAAUCAGAAGCGUUUGAUGGAUUUCAAGUAUACGGCGCCGAUCUCAAUACCUAAUGCCCACGUACGAUCGGUUCAUAGCGGAUUUUACAGAAAACGUGAUCAUUGAGCGGGUACAACAAAUGGGAGUAUUAGGAAGUUCUGCUAGAAUAGAAAAUUUUUUCCCCUUGAUCCAGAUUGAGACUAAAGCAGGUUAUAAUAAUUGUUACGAUCCGUAUAACAAAAGCACCAGUAACAUUGUCUGCAACGUUUUCAGAUUUUACUGAAGCUUCGGCUGUUAAGUGGUAUGAGUAUUGUAGAGAUAUAUGCGUAAUAAAAAUAACAAGCUUACACAACCGGAGUGCACACAAACAAUAUUGAAGCUAUGAUGUAGAGGCUGAAAGAAUUUUUGCAACAUUAUCAUGGCUCUGGAGGCCAACUAUUAUGUAGCGAUAUAUAUUAUUUUCUCUACCCUAUGCAUUACAAUUUUAGAACCUCUGAACCUCCUUCUAACCUUAACAAGUUUUUGAACCAUGUAAAAGAAAUGCAUCCACUGUGAUUAUUUUUACUCUACACUGACUUUUCUGAUUGGCUAAUAUAUCUCAAGUUCACUCAAGAUUCGUUCAAAGUUCAUCCAUAAAUUAUAGUUUAGCCCUUAAUUGCUAGUAUAUUUUAAAACUAAUACCUCUACACAAAUCGAUUACUAGAAAAUGAACAGUUUGAUACUUUCUAGGUUCUCAUACUGUCCAAUUUUUUUCUAAAGUGAACCUGGCCCCAGCAUGCCAAUAUCAGUCAGUGUUCUUUGCCGAUUUCAAAUGUUGAAGAUAGUAGUAGGGAACCAUGAUCUUAUGUUUCGUGCUAGAUAACAUUCAUCAGCAUGGCAGAGUAUUAUUUUGCCAAUUCAUUAUUGCAUUUAACUUCCUUAUUUUCAUGUCUAAUAUCAUAGAUCAAAUCGUUCAUCACAAUAGUUGGUAGACGGUCAUAAUUAGAUUAGUUAUAUCGAACAAAGAUCAUCACGAAUAAAUCAAUUGAGUCAGCUGGUGAGUUAUAUGGAUUACUGCACGUCCCAUUAAUCAGCCAGCCUUUUAUAACGUGUUUUUCUUCUUGCUUUGUAUGGUUAAGAUGGCCAUAUGUGAUACACGUGUAUCCUAGCCGAAUUAACCUACUGACCAUGAAAAGUUAAUGUAGAAAAAUGUGCAAAAUCAAUAAUGAUCAGAUUAACCUAUAAAUAAUCUAUGGAACUUAUAGUCUGAUGGUUUACCUAAUCGAUUUUCUUCAUGCUUUGUUCGAUAAACGGGAAGGUUAAUAAACUUUGCUUGGUAAAAAGCUACAACUAUAAACAUUUAGGUUAUGAGGAUGGCUUUAUGGUAGGAG